CAGUAAAGAGCAGCACCAGUAAAACAAACUAAAAACCAAAAAUGGCCAAGAUUGCUUUGAUCUUCUUCCUGUUCGCCCUGUUCGCCGUGUGCAUGUGUGCUCGCGUGCCUCGUGAGGAGCCCACCAAGCCAGUUGAGGCUCAGCUCAACGACCUGCUGGCAAAGUUCAAGGACUUUUUCAACGACGACAGCGUUAAGGACUUCCAAGAUAAGGCCAAGGCUGCUGCUGAAGAAGGUCUUGCUGCCUUCCAGAAGUUCUCCAACAGUGUGAACGAGCAGAUCCAGAAGGCGCCCAAACCCUAAAAAUGCAGCUCUUAAGCAACGAAUUUCAAAAUCAACUCAAAACAUGUUGUUCCCAAUAAAGGUUUAAACUACAA